AUGAGCACCGGUUUACGACACUGUAUCCGGGCUGUCGGGCGACUCGUGCGGACGCUCUGUACGCAGGCGGAAACUGCUGCUCGCAGUUCGGGGCCACACGUGCCGCCUCUGCGGCUGCGGCUGCCGCCGCCGAACACUGAGCCAGUGGCCGAACUGUAUGGACGCUUCGUUCGACGCAUCGGUGUCGUUGCGCGAAAGAUCGGCAUGCUACCACACUGGGACGCAAACGGUGUCUACCGUUGUGUGACGGUCCUGCACAUCGAUAACAACCACGUGAUCCAGGUUAAACAGCUACCGAGCAACGCGUCGAAUCUGAAAGGACUCUCCGAAUGGAGCGUUCAAAUCGGAGCGGGAUCUAUGCGACCCUACCAGGCCAAAAAGCCGCAUCGUUAUCACUGCGCCUACGCCGGGACCGACGUCAAGGAGAAGCUGGUGGAGUUUCGGGUCGCUCCCGCUGCUGCCGCCUGCAUCGAGCCGGGGACGCCCAUCACUGCGCGUCACUUUAUCCCUGGCCAGUACCUGGAUGUGAUCGGUACGAGCAUUGGCAAAGGAUUUCAAGGUGCGAUGAAACGCCACGGAUUCGGAGGAUUACCUGCAUCCCAUGGCGUUUCGCUUACGCACCGCUCGCUCGGUGCGACAGGGCAACGUCAGGACCCUGGUCGAGUCUUUAAAGGCAAGCGCAUGCCUGGUCGCAUGGGCGGGGAGCGAACCACCGUCCAGAGUCUACGACUGGAACGCGUCGACUGCAAACGAAACUUGCUCUUCGUUUCGGGGCCGGUUCCUGGUCAUACAGGCAACUGGGUGCUGGUUCGUGAUGCAGUCAAAAAAAGUGGUCUCAAGUGGUGGGCAGAGCUCCCGCACUUGCCUCCUUUUCCGACUUUUGUUGCCGAUCCACAGCAGCAGGUCGAGCAUGAAGCACCCGCUGAUUGGUUUGCAGCACCCCGCCGCAAUGUCUGGUUACAGGAGGUGCUCUCGGCCCGAGCUUAG